CUGCCCUCCAGCUCACUGCCAGUGUCCGCCCAUCACUCCACUCCACUCCCCCACGCCUUGCAGCAGGCUCAGGCAGCUGCCGCUCCAUAAAAACUCGAGCGGAUCGCCUCGUCGCUGCCACCACCCACCUCACCUCACUCCCACUGGCCACUGACCCGCAUUGCCUAGCAAGCUACCGGUUAGCUUCUGUGGCGCCGCGCCGCUCAUGGAGUCCCGCUGGUUUCUCGCUCCCCUGCUGGUGCUCCUGUCGCUGCCGCUCCACGGCGCGGCGCGCCUGCAGGAGCGGAAGAACUACAUCGUGCACCUCGAGCCGAGGGACGGCGGCGGCGUGGGCGACUCCGUCGAGGAGUGGCACCGCUCGUUCCUGCCGCACGCGGCCGAGCUGGAGUCUGCCGACGGCGACGGCGGCCCGAGGAUCAUAUACUCCUACAGCGACGUGUUCACCGGCUUCGCCGCGCGGCUGACGGACGAGGAGGCGGAGGAGCUGAGGGCCACGGAAGGGUGCGUGCGCCUGUACCCGGAGGUGUUCCUGCCGCUGUCCACCACCCGCUCGCCGGGGUUCCUCGGGCUCCACCUCGGGAACGAGGGGUUCUGGAGUCGGUCUGGAUUUGGGCGGGGAGUGGUGAUUGGGAUCUUGGACACGGGGAUACUGCCGAGCCACCCGUCGUUCGGUGACGACGGGAUCCAGCCGCCGCCGAAGGAGUGGAAGGGCACGUGCGAGUUCAAGGUCAUCGCUGGGGGCGGAUGCAACAACAAGAUCAUCGGAGCGCGCGCGUUCGGGAGCGCGGCGGUGAACUCGACGGCGCCGCCGGUGGACGACGCGGGGCACGGCACGCACACGGCGAGCACGGCCGCGGGCAACUUCGUGGAGAACGCUAACGUCAGGGGCAACGCGGACGGCACGGCCUCCGGGAUGGCGCCGCACGCGCACCUGGCGAUAUACAAGGUGUGCACGCGCAGCCGCUGCUCCAUCAUGGACAUCAUCGCCGGGCUGGACGCUGCCGUGAAGGACGGCGUCGACGUGCUGUCCUUCUCCAUCGGCGCCUACUCCGGCACGCAGUUUAACUACGACCCCAUCGCCAUCGCGGCGUUCAAGGCUAUGGAGCGCGGCAUCGUCGUCAGCUGCGCCGCGGGCAACGCGGGCCCGGACCCCGGCACGGUCGGCAACGGCGCGCCGUGGAUGCUCACCGUCGCGGCGGGCACGAUGGACCGCGCGAUACGGACCGAUGUGAAGCUCGGCAACGGCGAGGAGUUCCACGGCGAGUCCCUGUUCCAGCCGGGGAACAACUCCGCCGCGGACCCGCUCCCGCUCGUGUACCCCGGCGCCGAUGGCUCCGAGACAAGCCGCGACUGCAGCGUGCUGCGCGACGCUGAGGUGAACGGCAAGGUGGUUCUCUGCGAGAGCAGGGGCCUAAACGGCCGCAUCGAGGCGGGCCAGACCGUGGCGGCGUACGGCGGAGUGGGCAUGAUCGUGAUGAACAAAGCGGCGGAGGGGUACACCACCUUCGCCGACGCGCACGUCCUCCCGGCGUCGCACGUGAGCUACGACGCCGGGACCAAGAUCGCGUCCUACGUGAACUCCACGGCCAAUGCGACGGCGAGCAUCGUCUUCAAGGGGACGGUCAUCGGCUCGUACCCGUCGCCGGCCGUCACGUUCUUCUCGUCCCGCGGGCCGAGUAAGGCCAGCCCUGGCAUCCUGAAGCCGGACAUCACGGGUCCCGGCAUGAACAUCCUCGCGGCGUGGGCGCCGAGCGAGUCGCACACGGAGUUCUCCGACGGCGUCGGCCUCUCCUUCUUCGUCGAGUCCGGGACCUCCAUGUCGACACCGCACCUGAGCGGCAUUGCCGCCCUCCUCAAGAGCCUGCACCCGGACUGGUCCCCCGCGGCGAUCAAGUCGGCGAUCAUGACGACAUCGGACGCGGUGGACCGCACCGGCUUGCCUAUCAAGGACGAGCAGUACCGCCACGCCACCUUCUACGCCAUGGGCGCGGGCUACGUCAACCCCGCGCUCGCCUUCGACCCUGGCCUAGUCUACGACCUCAGCGCUGACGACUACAUCCCCUACCUCUGCGGACUGGGGAUCGGCGACGACGGCGUCAAAGAGAUCGCCCACCGCCCCGUCGCCUGCGGUAGCAUCAAGGCCAUCACCGAAGCAGAGCUCAACUACCCGUCCCUGGUCGUCAACCUACUGUCCCAACCCAUCACCGUGAACAGAACGGUGACCAACGUCGGGAAGCCAAACUCCGUGUACACCGCCGUCGUGGACAUGCCCAAAGACGUGUCGGUGAUCGUGCAGCCGCCGAUGCUCCGUUUCACGGAGCUGAAGGAGAAGCAGAGCUUCACGGUGACGGUACGGUGGGCCGGCCAGCCGAACGUCGCCGGCGCCGAGUGCAACCUGAAGUGGGUCUCCGACGACUACAUCGUGAGGAGUCCCAUUGUGAUUCCAGCGAAGGUCGAGUAGCGCGCGAGCAGCGGCCGUUCUGCUCGUGUUCAAAGACCGCUAAUUUUGCAACCGUAACGCAGUAUGUAUAGCGUCUGUAGGCUACUGCAGUUGUAUGGUUUGUAUAGGCUGCGAAACUGGAGUGUUUUCCACUUGAUGUAUGCUAUCUCAACUACAAUUUUGUUCUGUAAAUAGCGGAAAUCAAUAAGGGAGAUGCUAUAACACAGGUGCCUGAAAACGCCUCAUCUUUUAUUAGACGAAUCUUGAGCACCCGAUGAAGAUCCGAGGUCAACCUUGUUUCUUCCUCCUUGAUGGACCCUCUCCAACGAACAAACUCCAGCGAACACGUCAUCAGGCUCCCUCGCCUCACCCAGUUGGCCACUUCCAACCAUCUCGUAGGGCAACCUUGUUGGAUACACGGUCACCACCCUUUUCUCACUAACCACUUGUUUUCGUGCUCCUCACCACUGGCACCGUCCGCGGCGCUUGCACCUUAUGAAC